UUUGGCCCCGACCCCGCGUUGCGUCUUGACAUGCACUGUCUCGACGUGUGCAUCAAGCGGCUCUCUCAACAGUGGGAGACGCCACGACUCGUUACGACAAAGGUGGAUAACAAUGAUUUCCCUCUAUUCUACCCAAAGGAUGACGCAACGAGCCGUUACAUUGCGGAGGCGACCAGCGUGGUUGACCGCGUCGCGCAACUGUCCCAGGAC